AUGCCUUCCAACAGGAAGCCGAACUCUGGUGCCAGGGCACCAAAACCAAGGGGAAGCCGCACCAUCACAGUCUCCACCGCUGCAAAGCCGCUGAAGCUGAACGCGAACCAAAAUGUAACAGCCACUAGUGUCGCACAGCCGACGAAGCUAAGGGGCAAUCGUAUUAUAGCAACACCUGCUAAUACACAGCCGGAAAAGCCGAAAGACAGCCGUCCUGUCGCGACGCCUACAGCUAUUCCGCCAGCUAAGAAAUCUCACGACCAAGUCUUCACCGCCACCGCGCGUCAAACACUUCCUCAAAGCACCCGCUGCCGCUUCCUGGAAGUCGCUGGCGAGAUCCGCAACCAGAUCUACGGCUACAUUUUCGACAGCACCACCGUCAUCGAGAUGAUGCCCGCCAGCGCCCCCUACCGCAUCCUCGCCGUCCACGCCCCAGCUCGCAAGAAUUCGGAUCUCUACACUCAAGCGAAGGAUACGGCCGUCAAACGUAAACCUUGGCGGUCCCGGAACGCGACGGAUAAAGCCCAGAAGUCCCCAGCGCGGAUCUGCUGCUCGAGGGUACUAGGAAGACACGACCUCGUCAACGCCGCCAGCACCAAUUGGAAGACCUCCGUCCCGGGCGCCGCGCUCUGCCUCACAAGCAAGCAAUUCCAUGCCGAAUGCACUGCCUUCCUCUACGCCUCGGCAUCCUUCUUUUUCCAGUCGCCCAACCGCGUCGCGAACUUCCUCACCAAGACCCCGCAAGUCUACUUGGACAACGUGACGCGCCUUCAGCUCGAGCACGUCACAUACGGCGAACCUAUUGACCCCGACAACAUCGUCUGGAAGACCAAACACGAUGCCAAAUGGGCCGCCGUAUGCGCACAAGCCGCGGCCGCGCUGCCACGCCUACAAGAGCUGUCCAUUGUUCUCGACGUGCGCGAAGUCCCCCUCCGUUUCUGGCCUCGAGAGUCCUGGAUCAAGCCUCUGCUCUCCUUCACCACUCUGCUCUCUCACACCCGCCCAAACCCCAAGUCCGGCGACCCGGAGCCCCACCUACAACACGUAUCGGUCAGGAUCCGCAGCAGGUAUCUCAAACCGGACGUGUUCGAAGACAAGAAGCUGACGCAGGCGUGUCACGCGCUGCACUGGGAGUUUGGGAAGGUUGUGCAGCGGAUGGUCUUGGGUUGGGAUGCCGAGAGCGCUAUGCUGGAGUAUGUGGAGUUGGCGCUGAAGCCGGAGUCGAAAUACCGGAGGUUUCGGGAUUAUCUCAACUUCAAUCCACCGUGGUGA